GAACAUCUGUCUGGUUUGCAAAUAACAAUAAUAUAAACACAAAAAUAAAUACAAAAUAAAAUAUGGAAGAAAUUUUACCAAAUGUAAAGAACGAAGCGCCUGAAAGUUCAUCAUCUAGUGAAUCUAAAGAAUCCUUUUAUGUAAAGUUUGGUGCUGGUGUGGACAUAAAUACAUUAGAAUUAGUGCCUACUAAUAACAAGGAACGUAGAUAUUCAAUAACUGAGGGUAAUUCUCAAAAGAGGGAAAAAGUGAAAUAUUCGCAAGAAGUUGUUUCAACCGCUCUUGUCGAUUAUCGACACAAUUGUUAUUACCAACAACCACAACCUUUUGCUAGAAGACUUUCAAGAGCUGAAAAACAAGAAGAAUGGAAGCACAUGGGAUUAGAAGCUUUAGCAACAACUUUAUCAGCUUUAUAUGGAAAGUUGUUAGUAAUUAUGGGUACUGCAUUCCCAAUGGCGGAAGUCAUUUCUACAUACAUUCCUCCAUCCUUCUACGAAGCUUAUUAUUUAUAUCUUUAUAUAGGAAGCAUGUUUUUUCUUCUAUAUAUGUAUAUAAUUCUCGCUAAUGAUAAAAGAAGGAUUAAAAAUCAACGAAAAUUAGAGGCAGUAGAAAAUGGUGGUAGUCAGGACGAUACACGUUCAGAUGAUGACGAUGAGGAUGAUUCCAACGAUACAACUUGUACUAACAUUCACAAUUCGUAUAGGCCAAGAAAAGCAUCUAUGUCAACAAUUAGUAAUAAACAAAACCAUUAUGGAAGCUUUUAUUUGAGAAUGGGUGCUGUAGCAUUCGGUAUAGGAAGUAUGAUCUAUUCAGGAUUGGAAUUCGGCCAGUAUUUUGAACUUGAAAGAGACACGAAGUGUCACAAUGUUUUAUUGGCGCUUACUCCAGCUACAAGAAUGGCUUUUAUAUUCAUCCAAAUGUAUUUUAUAUUUCUCAACAAUGAGCAAAUAAAAGUAUACAAGCAGAAACUAGCAGCUAGAUUUGGGCUCAUGCAUAUGAUUGGUACUAACCUAUCUGUUUGGCUGAAUGUUUUGGUUCAAGAAACUAAACAUGAAAUACUUACUUUUUACAAUCCAGAAAACAACACAUUAAAAAUUUCUCAUCGCAUUCCGCACAAGAGCAACGUAUUAGCUCAUGGACCUCAUUUCGACCAUUAUCGAGCAGAAAACCAAUCGCAUCAUAUAUCGAUCAGAGGCUUAAAAGGUCCUCAUCAUUUAUACGAGUGCAGGAGGACUAACAUAAUAGGUUCCUUAGUUCAAGAUGCAUCACCAUUUCUAUUCCCAUGUACCAUAGAAUACAGCCUUAUCUGCGCAGCCAUCCUCUACGUGAUGUGGAAAAGCAUAUCAAAAUUACCACCUACAGGUUCAGUGGCUGCCAAAUUAAAAUUAGCGGAGAUGAACAAAGUGAAAAGAAGUCCUCACCAUUAUUCCGUUGAUUGCGCUAGAGCUCACAAAGGCUUGUUUGUCGGAAUUCUGUUACUAGUGCUUACUAUUAUAUCUUUGAUUUUGUUUUUUGUCUUAAUUUCUCGAGCAGAGUUUGUUGGAUUGGCUGUAAUCGAAGUUAAUAUUUGUGAGUUAGCUCUGUACGGUUUGACAACUCUAGCAUCGAUUACAGGCAUGUGGCAAAUGAGAAAUUUAAAAUACAAUUCAAGUCAAAAUCUACACCUAGACAACAUACUUUUAAUAGGUGCUCAAACCGGUAUGUUUAUCUACAGUAUGUUCACUAUAAUAGGAGGCCAGUUUACAAUACAAAGGACUACAGUCUUGGUACUAAUAACAGCGGUAUGUUCUUUGCUGCAAACUACAUGUCAAACAAUCUUUGUAUUAGAUGCUUCUCGAAGAACUUGUUGUACACCCGAUCAGAUGAAAAAGAAACCUGGAAGACAGAUAGUUACUUUCCUACUUAUUACAAAUCUAGCAAUGUGGGCUAUUAAUACUUUAGAAAAAUCAAGAGCAGAGUCUCAUCCCAUUCAACUACAUUUUUAUGGUUUGUGGGCUUGGACAAUUAUUACUCACGUUUCUAUGCCGCUGGCAAUAUUUUACAGAUUUCAUUCUACGGUGUGCUUAUGUGAAAUCUGGAAAAGAACGUACAAGAUGAAACCUACGUAUCUCUAAUAUUAAAAACAAUUGUGAUAUUAAAUACUUAAUAAUAAAAUCUAAACCAUAUCUGAUUUCCACCAGUUGAAUCAAAAUGCAAAAUUUGACCAAUAUUCGCACCCAGAGACCAGAAUAUCGUUUUCAGAAGAUUGUUUGUACGCUGAAUCCGAAUCUGAACUCCAAAUUGCCAAAUUGGCUCUGGUUUCUGAGAUAUCUUAAACUAAAAUUUCAAAAGAGCUCUUUUUAGCAUUGACGUAUAUAUUAACAUAGACCGAGGAUACCGGUCGCGCGUGUUGAAGAUGACGACAAGUCAUGAGUCUGAGUUUAGCGAACCGACUAUACCUAGCUGAUAUUAUUUGUGUAUAAAUCCUGCGUUUCAACUACCUGCAAAAAACUGCGUCGGCAGCAUAUCUAAUGAUAUUUAGCUGCAUCCAGAGCAGGCCCGGCCCUAGGGAUUUUGCCGCCCUGGGCAAGAUCGGCGACCGCCCCCCCCCCCUUAAGAUGGUAUUUUUAUUGAUGUGUGCUUGGUGCUAAAUUAUUUAAUAUGCCAUUUUCUACUGUAUUUGAACGAUAUACGCUCAAAAAGACAUAAGUAUAUGUAUUUGCAAUAUUUUCGUGAGAUUUUACUACAUUACUGUAUAUUAACAUGUAAUAUCCAAAAACUCACUAUCCAUAUCCAUAAUUACACACUUACUUUUUUAAGUAAGUAGCACUCUUCUUACCUUGGCACGGUAAAAGUCUUUUAUUAAUUCUCCAAGAUCCAGGGACUCAGCUCUUUCGUGUUCAAUAGAGAUUGUCGCUAGAGCUCUCAAACGUUCCUGGGACAUAGUUGAUCUUAAGUAAUUUUUUAUUAGUUUUGCUUUGAAAAUCUUUUCUCUCCAGAGGACACUGUCACUGGUAGGGUUUCAAACAAAAGUUUCAAUGUUAUGCUAUAUAUAUGAUGUUUCAGUAUAGCCCAACGAUGAAUAGAUGCUGAGUAAAAGUUGUAAAUUUUUGUCACUAAGGAAAAGAAAGAAACUGCAAACUGUGCGGCUUUAGUAGCAUCGUUCACGACUAAGUUGGGUGAAUGGCUAGAACAUGGGACAAAAAGUUCUUCACUUUCAUGUUUGCCCCAUUAUCAUACUCUUGUUCUCUCAUAUCUUACAAAGGUUUUCUCAGUUCUUGCAAAAUAACGUUUGUAAGUCCCAAGCCAGUGGUUUCCAGUGUAGGCACAAAUCGAAGAAAAUGUUCUGAAAUUUUAACACUUUGUGAACAGGAACCUAAAUCGACAAAAUGUACAACAAUAAUCAACUGUUCCACCCCAGAAAUAUCAGGUGUACAAUCUAAAAUUAUGCUAUAAUACUUUGCUGAUUUCAAAAAGUUUAAAAUUUUAUUUUUGAUUUGGUCAUGGAGGAGCUGAAUAAUUUCGUUUUGAAUACGUUUUCUCAAGUAGUGAUGCUGUUUGUUAGCAACAUUCGUUGUUCUCCUAAUGUGCUCUUGUAAAACAGAAUCAAAUUUUCCAAAUAGCUCAACAAGCUUUAAAAAAUUACCAUUGUUGUGAUGAAAAAGUCUAUCAGAAUCUCCCUUCAACGGAAGACACUAUUGUGCUAAGAACUGUAUUAUUGAUAUAAGUCGUUUUAUUACAUUUCUUCAAUGACGAGUUUCUGAAUUUGGAACUUUUUGUGUUUCUUCGUCUAUGGUUUUGCCCGAAUCUAGUCUAAUUGAUAGUUCUACCACUGUCGCUGUGACUGUAGAUGAGCUGGAGACUUAACGUGGCUGGACAAAGCUUGAGCCACAUGUUUCCAAUUAUUAUAUUAAUUUUCAGUAAAUUUAAUUUUAAGUGAAUUUCAGUGAAUUUAAUUAAGUUCUGGUCCCACUAUUAUUAUGCGAUGAAGAAGAAGGCGGUGUUGUCGAUUUUCCGUCAAAUGAACCUUGCAAUUAUUAUUGUUUCACUUAUUUAAUUCUCGUUUUUACAGCUGCAUUUUUGCCCCUCUUGUUCAUAAUAUUGAUUUUUUAUCAUAUUAAAAACAUAAUUUAUUAUUUCUUCAAAUUCAAAAAUUGGCUGUCCUCUAAAAUUUGCCGCUCCUAAUUUUGCCGCCCUGGGCGGCCGCCCAGUUCGCCCACCCCUGGGGCCGGGCCUGAUCCAGAGGCAUUCAAAAUUACAUCUAAAAAGAGAAUAUUGAAUAAAGUUUUAGUAUAAAAUUAUUUCACCCUCUUUUGGAAGUCAAGCAAAAUUUAGGAUCAGUUUUAUGCAGAUACAGUAGGAAAAAUGAAAGAAUACCCAUACGAAUCAAAUCAAAAAUUUCUAGUCAAAACAACGUCUAAACUAAGUUAAUACUGUAAAAAAACGAAUGUGACUACUACCCCACCGUACGAUUUUUCGCUACGUAAAUGUGUAAAAAAAUUUUAUGAUGUUAUUCUUUUUCUGAUAAUACCUAUAUAUUUAUUGGUAAUAAAUGUUACUUUUACUACCGUAAUUAAUUAUUUGAUACAGAUUAAUAAUACAAAAAUAAUGAGUAAGCAAAUAUAGUAUUAUGAAUUUCUCCAUGUUAAAAGUUGCUGGACGUAAAUAGUAACAGGAAUUUAAAAAAUGUCGUUUAUGUCAGCUGCAGGGCCGCGUUUAGGUCAAUUGACGCCCUAGGCAAUUCUCUAGUAGCCGCCCUUCAAGCAUGUACCAUUUUUGCAAAAAAAAUUGCAAGCAGAUUUUUUUAUUUAAAUAAGAAUACAUAAAAAUUGUCAUUCCAGUUCGAUCACAUCAGAUUUCUUUCUUGAUUUUUCUUUGGAAAAAUCAUCUAUAAUGUCGUCAUAAUUUAUCGGCUUUUAUUAUGUCACUUUCUAUGGACAAAAUCGACAAAUUGUUAAGACGUUCUUGCGUCAUACUUGAUCGGAAAUUAUUUUCAUGACUAUUUUAAAUUCUUGACAUUUUCGAAAAUGACCUUUCAGCGGACACGUUGGUUGGUUGGUUGGCAACUGGAGGCACAAAUAAAUGCGCAAAGCAAUAUCAAAAUUAGGGAAAAUAUCUUUCAAUCCGCUCUUCUUUAAAUAUUUAGAUAUGUCAAUUAUUGGUGAUUGGUGAUUUUAUUGUGGUAUCCAAAUGAACAUUUAAGUGAAUGCAUUCAUGUAUGAAUGAUGUAGGUAUCUAUUAGUGCAGUCAGUGAGGGUAUUUGGCUCCGAAUUCCAUCCUACUGCAUCAAUUUACUUGAUAUUUUCACUGUAAGUAGGGAAUAGCUCAAGAAACAAAGCCUACGCUCAGAGGCGUAGCUACCGCCGUAUCAGCCGUAUCAAUUAUACGGGGCCCCCGACAUACAGGGGCCCCAACCCGGCGCGGCAUGUCGAAACAAAAUUCCAUUUAAAAAAUUGAACAAAGCAUUCUACAAUUAUUUCACUAUUAAAACACUUUGAAACAGUGUAUGUUGUUUGGAUAUCAACAUUUUGGUGUAGUGGAUUCUUUAUCUAUACCUAUAUAAAUCAUAUUUAUCUAUUAUCUAUGCUCUGCCCCAUAAGAACAGAGCUUUUUUGUUUUCCAGCUACCUCUCAAUGUCAAUUCCGUUGGCUGUGUGUGAGCUAUUGUACCUAUAAUGUAUAAUGGCCAAGUUGCAAUUUUUGUAAUCGCUUUAUCUUUGAAUAUUUGAAACAGUAUGUAUUGUUUGGGUAUAUUUUCGUAUAAUCUGUGCUUUAUCUCUAAUUGCAUUUAUGUAGGUAUAUCUACGCUUCUCCAAGAAAUUAACGCACCUCUUUAAAAAUUGGUCAUUUUUAAUGUUUCAUAUUUCCUAAACCUGUUUUCCGAUUUAAGUGUUUUUUUAAUACAUAUGUUAUAGUCGUAUUCUUGAACAAUAUCGUAAUAAUAUUUUUGCUAGACAGGUAAAUUACUGUUGUCAUUGUGUACCGGCUGUAUACCAAUCAAACUGUGAUUUUUUCUCAAAGUUCGCGUCACUCUGUGGAAUAUUAUAGCAUUUAUAAAAAAUAUGAAAUUAAAACCCAAAUAUAGCCUCAUGUUUUCUUAAAAUUCUGUUUUUCGAUUCAUUCGCUUACGUUGGAUAUUAAAAAGGUUAGGUAAUAGUUUAAAAACUAGCCUUAUUUUUCAUCAAUACAGGGUGUUUUUAAAUAAGUACCUAUGGCUAACUUUAAGGGUUAAUUCUGUAUGAAAAAAUAAUGACAGUUUGCUUUAUAAACGUAUGUCCGAGAUAGGGGGUGUUGAGAUUUUUCUUACAAACUGACGAUUUACUUAUUGCUCUAAAACCGGUUGAUAUAUGCCAAUGAAAUUUGGUGGGUUUUAACAGGUAGUUAUUGGGCAUUUUUUAAUGUACAAUUAAGAAUUUUAUGUUCACCAUUUGUGCACAUAAGGGUCAUAUUACCAGUAUGCGCGCCAAUGGUAAAUAUUAAAUUCCUAAUUGUAUAUCAAAAAGGCACAAUAACUACCUCUUAAAACACACCAAAUUUUACUUGCAUAUUUUAACCGGUUUUAGGGCAAUAAAUAAAUCGUCAGAUUGUAAGAAAAAUUUUAACACCCCCUAUCUAGGAGAGGAAGCAUUUGCAGACAUAGGUACGUUUUUUAAGCAAACGCAAACUGUCAUUAUUUUUUCAUGUAGAAUUACCCCUUAGAGUUUGCCAUAUUUAUUUAAAAACACCCUGUAUUGACGAAGAACAAGGCUAUUUGUUAACGUACCUAACUUUUUUAUUAUCCAACAUAAUGAAUUAAUCAAAAGCGAAUGAAUCACAAAACAGAAUGUUAAUAAAACAUGAAGAUAUAAUAAAAUAAAAAAAAAGAAUGUAAUUCCGUACAGAUUGGAACUAAAUUUUUAUCAAAGUUUAGGUGAAUACAAAAGAUAUUUUCAAGAAAGUAUCCAAUCAUAUAAGGGGAUCAUUGGUUAAAUAAUUAAGAAGGGGUCAUUUUUGCACAAUAGUAACUUUUUUUUACUACUGCGGUAAUUCACGCUUUUACGAUUUUUUCUACAAAGUUGAAUAAUAAAGAUUUCAGUUAAGAUUUACUAAAUUAAAUUUGACCCUUAUUUAUUCAAAUAACUAUAUGAAUCAGCCCCAAAGGGCCCGUAGUAAUACAUCAAGUACAUAACUCCAAAAAAAAAGAAGAAAAAACGAAAAAAAGUUUGUUAAUUAGUGAAGAAUCCCCAGGAACCCAAUUAUCGAAAAGGCAUUUAAAAAUGUUUAAUCCCAGCGACGUUAUUCAAAAAAGAAGUAAUAAAGAAAUUAGAAUAAUAAUUUUUUAAUGCCAUUUAGAGUUUAAUUAAAAUUUGAAUUUAUCAUUUAUCAAUACAUUUAUUGAAAAUAUACAUAAAAAUAAAAAUAAUGAGACCUUGUACAGGUGUAUAUUCUUUUGGCAACAACCGCGUUUUUGCAAUUGAAAAUAUAAUAUAGUAACAUUUAAUAAACAAAUUCAAUAUUAAGCAGUAAUUUUUUUUGCUUUAUACUAAAUUUAAUAAAUUAAUUAAUAAUAAAUUUAAAUUCGAGACAUAAAAAAAUGACCCAUUUUAAUAGUGGUACGUUAGGUUCUUGGAGAAGUGUAUUUGCCCGCCGCUCGCCGUUAUAACAUAAGAACAAAGCUUCUUUGUUUAAGCUCAUUUUCAAUGUCCAUUCAUCCUUGGAUUGAAAAAACUGAAUCUAUUUUCAACCAAUGAGUCUCGCCAAUUCAAAUCUAUUUUGGACUUUGGUUUAUUAGAAUUUAUUAAGUUUAUUAUUAUUAUUAUCUAUAUGUUGGUGUUAUACGCAGAACUUAUUAGUUCCUACGGUUGUAUUAUGUAAUGUGCAAUUUAUUUAAAUUUUGCAAUAUAUUGUUUUGUUUUAUUCCAUUAUCUUUUAUUUUGUACUAAUAUUGACGAUUUAUGUAAUUUCAGUAAAGUGUAUUUGUUUUUGUUUUUUUUUCCGAAUUUUUGUAAGCCUUGUCCAUAUAAUUGUAAAAUUUUCAGUGAUAAUAAAACAUAUUUCUAUUCUAUUCUAUACAAGCGUUUUUGCUUCUUUUGUCGAGGGGAAAGGGCCCCGCGACCAACUUUGAUAUGGGGCCCCCGUGGGGUUAGCUACGCCACUGCCUACGCUAUAUCCUAUGACGCUUUUAACUUAGGAGUGGUUCCCACUCGUUCUCGGGGGUGGAAACUUUUUUAAUCAAACUAACACCGGAAGUGGCCAGAAGUGAAAAGUGGCAAUAACUGUUUUAUAAUUUUUUUUGAAAACUCAAUACUUUUUAAGUUAUUCGUGGUUAAAAAUUUGCCAUUUUCAUUGAAAAAUGACACUUUUCGGAGAUUGAUUUUUUUUUUGAAUACCAUAAAGUUGUGCAUCUAACGAAAAAACUAUAUAAAACAUUUUUGUAGUUUAUGAAAACAUCAGAGAGAGAGAUUCAUUUUUUCAUAAAUCUUCUAGUUUUAAUAAAAAAAGAGAUGGUAGGUGAAAAAAGAUUUUUUUUGUGCAUGCUCAAAUCGGUGUAUUUAACUUAAAAUAACAGAAAAAUUGUCGAUUUUAGGAGAAUAAUGCUACGAAUACCUUUUGUAGUGCUUGAAAAGACCUUUAAGACGAGAACUGUUAAAUGUCGGUUACAUUCAAACUAAGCGAGAUAUGGUGCAAAAAAAGUUAUGACUAAUGUAUUUUAAGGAAAAAGUGAGAAGUAUAUUUAACCCCUCAUCCACCAGAAUUUAAAUGCAUCGUUUUUCUUCUAGAAUACCUUCUACUAUAGUGUUAUUUCUACAUUCAAAAAGUUGGACGGGUUUAAAAUGAAUGGUUUUUGAAAAGAAUAAGAUCAAAUUAUAUAGCGUAUUUUUAAAUUUUCUUAAAAAUCUUCCUUUUUCUCUAUGUAAUUCAAAAGUGAUGAGAGAUACGUAAAAAAUACCUUGUAAGGUAAUGUAGGUUUUCUUUUAGAUAACAAUUUUAUUUUUCUUUCAUUACUAUAUCUCAUUAUCAUUUUCGAGUUACAUGGAGAAAAAGGAAGAGAAAAUUUGAUCUUAUUUAUUUUCAAAAACCAUACAUUUUAAACCCGUCCCACUUGUUGAACAUAGAAAUAACAUUAUAGUAAAAGGUAAUGUAGAAGCAAAACGAUGCAUUUAAAUCUGGUGGAUGAGGGGUUAAAAUAUACAUACUUCGCAUUUUAUCUUAAAAAUCACAAAAAAGUAUUAGUCAUCCUUUUUUGUUGCACCAUAUCUCGCUUAGUUUGAAUGUAAUCAAAAUUUAACAGUGCGGUCCGUUUAAAGGUCUUUUCAGACAGUACUUACAAAAGAUAUUGAUAGCAUUAUACCCUUAAAAUCGACCAUUUCUCUGUUAUUAAGUUGAACACACCGAUUUGAGCAUGCACAAAAAAAAUUCUUUUCACCUACCAUAUCUCUUUUUAUGUUAUCACUAGAAGACUUAUGAAGGAACGAAUCUCUUUGAUUUUUCAUAAGCUACAGAAAUGUUUCAUAUAGUUUUUUUUUUGUUAGAUGCAUAAUUUUUAAG